AUGCGAGCCCAGUUAAAUGACCAGUUUCAUGUCCUAUGUUACGUAUAUCAGUUAGGUUCUUCUUGCAACUUCGACCGUGAUAUAUGGCUACGAGGACCCCUGCAAGUGCCAACUUCAAGGUUGCGCUUGCAACCAAACGCAGAUGAGGCUAUUCUCGCCAAGUUAGGAUACAAGCAGGAGUUUCGCAGGGCAUUCACUCCACUAGAGGUGUUUGGAGUUGCAUUCAGCUAUAUAGGACUGCUCCCUUCUAUAGCCUCUGUGCUCUUUUAUGCCGCCCCAAAUGGUGGGCCUCUCGCGAUGGUCUGGGGGUGGGCUAUUGCCAGCGUUUUCAUCAUGUGCAUUGGGUUGGCAAUGGCAGAGCUGGCGUCAGCAGCGCCUACUUCUGGUGGUCUAUAUUAUUGGACUUACUCACUUGCUUCUCCACGCUGUCGCAAUUUUCUGGCGUGGAUAGUUGGCUAUUCGAAUACCAUCCAGUCUAUCACAGCAGUUGCUUCUGUAGACUGGGCUUGCGCAAUUCAAAUCACGGCAGCAGUUAGUAUCGCCUCUGAUCAGGCAUAUGCAACCACCAACGAGCAACUCUACGGUAUAUACGCAGCUUUGGUGUUGUCACAUGCCGUCCUCGUUAGCUUUGGUACCAGAAUCUUGGCAAGACUGCAAAGAUUAUACAUCUUGUUGAAUGUGUGCCUCUGCCUCGUUGUCAUCAUUGUGCUUCCGAUCGUAACGCCAUCAGAAUACCGAAACAGUGCUAAUUUUGCGCUAGGAGAAUUUACAAACUCCCACCAGGAGGCUACUGAUUCUAGUGUGCAUAUGAGCGAGGAGGCCUACGAAUGCCGCCACUGCGAUACCAUGGGCAAUCGAAUCAACAUCUCCCUUACCUUCUGCAUGGGCACUGACCUCAACGGCAUUUUAAGUAGCCCCAUAGGCCAACCCAUGGCGCAGAUCUUGUACAAUUCGCUGGGACAGAGGGGAGCCUUGGCUGUCUGGUGUCUCGUUAUUCUAGCGCAGUACGUUUUACCGGCAUGCAGCGCAUCCAUAGCUUAA